AUGUGCAACGUGGCAAAAGCGUGUCUGUGCGUGCCCGAAGGGGUUGAUCCUUGGCCCUCUGAUCUGACGUGCGAGCAGCAGGGCUGUGACCACGUGGACCUGUGCGCCUUGCAGCAGGGCCCAGGCCCUGCAUCCCGCUGCCAUGGCGAUGGCAAAGACCCAGAGCACUCCCGUCUCCAUGGCAACCGGACGCGGCUUUCGCGAGACGGAGAUAACUGCGUCACGUUGCCACGGGAGGCAGAGGAAGCGUUCGAGCCAAUCCGAGGGCCUCUAUUGGGAGGAGCUUUUCCGCCGGCCCGCCUACUUUUCCUUCCUCUCCCGUCCAUCCACUCCGAAAGUGCCCGGAUAGCGCCCGUGCGGGUCACGGAUACGACGCCAGGGGCGUUGAGAACAGAGCCUCCCCUCCUCGGGUCGGACGAGGCGGAGCGACGGGCCGCCAUUGCCGCUCUCCAGCGUCGGCGCGAGAACGGAGCAGUCGGAGGAAAAGAGCGGAAGCGGGAGAUGCGGUCGCCCUGGGGGCCCACCACCCCUGGCUGGGAACGCUCAGUGGGCUCCUCAGUUGCCAGCUGGGAUUACCAGAGACUUGGUUCCACUGAACGUCGGAGGAGUCCAUUUCACAACCAGGUUGUCAACCCUGCGGCGCCACGAGGACACCAUGCUGUCGGCCAUGUUCAGCGGCCGGCAUUAUAUCCCACAAGAUGCCGAGGGCAGAUACUUCAUCGACAGAGAUGGAGCUUUUUUCGGCACGAUCGCUAUCGCACGAUCAUCGUUUCGACUCUUCCUCCAAACUAUAACCUCCCCCGCACCCCACCCAGAGACGUCCUUAAUUUUCUGCGGUCCGGCGACUUGCCUCCGAGAGAGCGCGUGAGGUCAGUUUACAAGGAAGCCCAAUAUUAUUCCAUAGGACCAUUGCUAGACAGCCUACAGGAGCUGCAGCCUCUUAAAGGAGAGCAAGUCCGGCAGGCUUUCCUGGGCUUAAUGCCCUAUUACAAAGAGCACUUGGAGCGGAUCGUGGAGAUCGCCAAGCUGCGGGCCGUGCAGCGCAAGGCCCGCUUCGCCAAGCUGAAGAUCUGCGUCUUCAAGGAGGAGAUGCCCAUCACGCCCUACGAGUGCCCGCUCUUCAACUCGCUGCGCUUCGACCGGGGCGACGGCGAGGCCAAGCUCUUCGAGCACCACUGCGAGGUGGACGUCUCCUUCGGGCCCUGGGAGGCCGUGGCCGACGUCUACGACCUGCUGCACUGCAUCGUGACGGACCUCUCCCGGCGCGGCAUCACGGUGGACCACCAGUGCAUCGGCGUCUGCGACAAGCACCUGAUCAACCACUACUACUGCAAGCGCCCCAUCUAUGAGUUCAAGAUCACGUGGUGGUGACGCUCUCGGACGAGGGGCUCGAGGAGGGGCCCGGAGGGCGGCGUGCCCCGAGGACGUGCUGGCGCUCCCCUGCCUGGAGGGAGAAGCGCGCCUCCUGCCUGGGCUGGGCAGCAUGCUGGGAGCUCACCUGGGGAGGCGGGACCUCUGGGAGGAAGCGCCCGGCGCAGGGGCCGUUGCCACGCCCCCGUCUCUUUGGAAGGGCUCUCGCGCGAGGCAGGCGCAUUCCGCUCCUGCGCACCGGCCUGCCGUCUUUCAGGGCGUCCUCCCAGAGCAGCUUCAUUCCGCCGGGGCCGGGGAAGGACGUGCAGGGGAGUGUCGGCCUUGUGAUGCAGCUGCCGGGGGUCCGGAACUUCAGCCACACACCCCUCCUGCUGGCCCAGCGCACUCUUGUGUGGUGCCCUCCGGGAGAGAAGGACGCAGGACCUGGCAAAGCUGCCGAGCUUGUUCAGAAGCAUUUUUUCAAAAACGAGUUCACUCUGUCUAAAAGGGCCUGAAGUUUCUGUGCGUUUGUGUGUGCUCACUUCAGUGCCCCAUUUCUAAGUCUGCUGUCACAUGAUUUAUUUCCGUUUCUCUGACCAUCUGAAAGGGCAGUUUUCUUCUUCGAUGCCUCACCUCUUACUGUGUUGGUUGCAUUUAUUAGUGAAAUGAGAAGUCGGGGUUAUUUAUCAGAAUCCAUUGUGGCUGCCCUUUGCUUUGGGAUUUUUUAUAGGCUGGAAAACCACCUUCCCAGUAUUGCAGCUUUGCCCAGCCUGGUCUGCUCCAGAUGUUGCGACGGCUGCCUUCACCUCCAGCCAGCAUGGCCCUUGAGGAUGAUGGGAGCUGUAGUUGUGUACCUGUGGAAAGCACCAAGUUGGGAAAGGGUUGAAGCUUGGAAAGGAGGAAGCCCCAGCGAUUUGCCCUCAGUGCUAAGGCGAGCCAGGUGCUCCAUGCUUGAGUCCCCCCGCAGCUCGCUGAGUCUGGCUCAGCUGCUCCCCGCCCAUAACCCGUGCCCCUUCCUCAGCGACCCCCAGCCCCCCGCAGUGGACUCGUAGGCCCCGGUGAGAGCGGGCGCGCCUUUGCGCGUGGGUGCGGUGCCUGGUGCGGCAGUGCCAGCAAGCUCCACAGGCGGCGGUUUCGUGGCACUGCGGGUGGGGCUGCCCCAUGCCUGGCUUCAAACUUGCCGGGGACCUCCUGGGGGCUGGGGCCACCCACGGCGCAGCAGGCCCGGUCCCGAGGUUGGCUCCCGUCGCUGUGGCAAUCCACGAGGCAUUUGAGCACAGCCUCCCCCGCACAGGUGUUGGUGUGCAUGAAGAAGCACGGCGAGGCAGCCCCCCCAACCUGGAGCCCUCCAGAUGUGCUGGGCUGCACCUUGCAUCUGGUUGGGAGCAGCUGCACGAAGGAACGAGCCCUCGUGGGCACGAUGGAACUUGCUGCUGUGUACACGCGUGUACGAUGAUUGUUCCGUGCUCUCAAUUCUGCGAAUUAAAAAUUUCCUCUUCCCUUGUGCAAAUAAGCUGGCAUUUAACAAUGUGGAGAAUUGAUGAGACACUUACAGAAAUCUGCUAAAUGAUUUCACAGUUCCCUUGUUUGUUUGAUUGACUUUCAUACUGUUCAAUAGCCCAAGGCUUCUUGGGCAGCUAACAAAAGUCAAAGGGCUUCAUUUUAGCUCACUUGCUUUGUUCGAAGUAUGUUUCACCUGGGUGUUUUUAGGUCAGGAAUGGGCCUCUUGCUUUGGUCUUCCAUUCCCAUCAUUCCUCCCCAUUGCGAUGGUGGCUGGGCUGAUCGGAGUUGUAACACAGAAAAAGAGAAGCAGAGCGAGUCAGAAGGGGUCUCCCGGGCCAUCUCGUCUGACCCCGGCUCCAGCCGGCUCCGCUCGCGACACGCCUACCACAUGACCACCAUGUCGUGACUUUGUAGGCCAAAGCAUUUUUAUUUCAGGAAGCCCUCAUGAAUUAACCAGCCAUAGUUUUAAUUCUCUUAAUUUUAGCACAUUGUUUUAAUGUUCUUGUACUGUUUUGAAAACUGCAUAUUGUAAUAUGGAGUGAUAAAUCUGUGAAUAAGUAAAAUGCCUGUGGAGCUGCAUACCGUGGGCCCUGCCCCUUGCACACUGGCCGCGAUGGUGCAAUUCUCUGCAUGUCUGCUUCGAAGUCAGCCCCGCGUAGUUUCGUGGUGCUUGCUUGCCUGUUAGCAUGCACAGCAUUGAGGGUUCCCUGCCUUCUGGGGAAAAAAACAACCAAUACCCAGAUACAAAUUCAGUGGAAAAUGGUUAUUUUUUGUAUUGUGUUCAGAUGGUGCAAUAAGAGAAUCCAGUGAUGUGAUUUCAUCCCACUCCUGUAUAUAAUCUGUAUUUUGUAUUGGAACAUACUGUGUGUUGAAAUGGUGCAAUAAAAAUCAAAGUACACAAGCCAGAUUUUAA